UCCUACUGAAACAGAGACUUGUUCAAAUCACAGGGCCAAAAUCUCAGCCUCACCGUUUCUACAAAUCACAGUGCGUUUGUGCUCUCAGAGAAAGACGUGAUUAGGCUACUCAUAAUCAGUACUUCAGGGGCAUUUAGGGGAGUGGAGUGCAUGAGUGUUUGUGCAGGGCCAGAAAGUUUUAUCAGCGCUAAACACUUGCAGGAUAUCCGGUUUGGGAUUGUCCAUCCAAUUCCUGAGUUCCACAGGAAGCGCUGGAUAAAAAGCAGGAGAAAAACGCCCAAAACCAUCUCAUUCCUCGCCUGUCUGUUCACGAGGAGCAUCGAUCGAGUCAUUGACCACACGGUGCUCUUUAUCAGAGAAUAAAAGUGUUGCUAAGAAAUGGUGGCGAAGGAGAGGCGCGUCAGAGCGCGCGGCAGGUGGAUCAAAUGGCCACGAGCGCAGCGCGAGAUCACGUGAUUUUAUCAUAAGCGGGUAGCUGAUUGGCUCAGGUGUAGCUGAGUGUGUCAGAGGGGUCAGAUUCACCUGUGAGACACACCUGAGAGGGAGACAGGUAGAGAGAGAGAGAGAGAGAGAGAGAGAGAGAUGUACACGGCAGUCCUGCUCUCCUCCUCCCUGUUCCUUCUGCAUGUGACCUGUACACCUCAGUUUCACAGUCACCAUGGGAGGAGAGUGUGUAUUGGAGAUGCAUGGAGUCAUCGUGUGUCUUACAGCACAGAGACAUUUCUACAACCAGUACACAAACCCUACAUCACCAUGUGCCAAAGUCAACGUCUGUGUAGCACUUACAAGACAAUUUACAGGGUUUCUUACAGGCAGGUGAGCAGAACAGUUCCUAAUGUACACAUUUACCCUGAGUGCUGUCCGGGAUGGAGACGUAUGCAUUCGCACAACUGUAAUCAAGCGGUGUGUGAGCUGUCUUGUGUAAAUGGAGGGUCAUGUGUAAGGCCUAAUCAUUGUGUGUGUCCAAAAGGAUGGACAGGGCGAGACUGCCAAACAGAUGUGGAUGAGUGUAAGGAAGGUCAUCGCUGCUCACAAAAAUGUGUGAAUACGGUGGGGAGUUAUCGGUGUGUGUGUGAGGAUGGAUUCAGUCUGGCUGAAGAUGAAAUGACGUGUUUGAGAAUUCCUCCUCCAACUCCAACACCUGCCAGUCCUCCUAAGGCAGAUGAUCACUCAUCCAACAGAGAUGAUGGUAAAGGUUUGGGAUUGGUGGAAAACGUAACAGAAGAGGUUCAGAUCCUAAAGAAUAGAGUCGAGCUACUAGAACAGAAACUAGAGAUGGUUCUGGCUCCGUUUAACACUCUCUUCCAUGUGGACGGUGUCGGGGGUGGAGGAGACACGAACAGCUUCCUGUCCGACAGGACCAACUUCCUCUCGCAUUCUCUGCAGCAACUUGACCGAAUCGACUCGCUCAGUGAGCAGGUCGGAUUUCUGGAGGAACGUAUAGGAACCUGUGCCUGCCAGGAAAACUAGAUCACUCAAAGACGGGCUGGAUCCUCUGAUGGCACGAGUGAAAACGAUAAUCAACAACCACAACACUGAUCAAAACGUUUAAAUCACUUCAACAAGAAUGUAGGGGAACGUUGUAGAAGACACAAUUCUGGAAUUCCUGGUGCUUUAAUCGUUUAGGAAUUGAUUUGGAUUUCUUUUCUUUGUGUAAGUGCAGCUAUAUGGUCGGGAGAAAUGUACAUUUAUAUAUUUAUAAUUCCAUGUUCUUCUCCUAAGUAUCUAUUUUGAAAAAAAAAAGAAGAAAAAAAGAUGUGUACCUUUUUGUAAUUGUAAUUUUUACCUUAAAAUUUU